AUCACAGCGUGGGCCAAGCCAAGAGAGUGGACGGACGGUGAGGCGCCGAUGCCCGGCUUGAGUCGCCUGCUGGCGGCGCGAGCGACGCGAGGGUGGCGGCGAGCGAAGAUGGCGAGCUCACGGGAGCGCUUUUAAGCCGGCGGAGAUACACUAAAAUCGGAUGCGGUGCGCAGGUUCCUGCCCUCCCUUCUCUUCCUCCACCGCUUCCAUCCUUCCAUCUCUCCUGUUGUGUUCGGAGGCUGAGGCGAGUGGAGCGGCAUGUGGGCGAUGCUGCCACAAGGGAUGCAUUGUGGCGCUGGCUGAGAUGCUCCGUAACACCCGUUGCAUGCGUUGAUUUGAAGAGGGAAAGCAGCCUCGUAGGACGUCAGCACCUGUUCGAUCAGCUCUGCGCCUGCGAGUGGCCCCGAGAUGACGCCCUGAGGUAUGCCCUUUCCUGUCAUCCUCUCAGCCCCUGAUUGCUGCGUCCAUCGGGGAUGCGGACAGGCCGGUUCACAGCAGCGUGACUCUGAUUCGGGAUCAGCUGGAUAUUCGAUGGCCUGAUCGCCACAUGAAAACAGUUGGGGCCUUUCUAGUUGAAAAUCCCUCACUGCGCGCUAGCACAUGGAUUUCAAGACCUCAAAUGAAGAGACAAAGACUGGGAUUUAUUUGAUGCAAGAAGGUAAUGAGGAGCCGUUUAAUAUCCGACUGCACUUGGCUAAAGAUAUUCUGACCAUUCAGGAGCAAGAUGUCAUCUGCGUGUCGGGAGAACCUUUCUAUUCAAGCGAAAGGACUGUAACAAUACGGAGACAGACCAUCGGAGGGUUUGGCCUCAGCAUCAAGGGUGGUGCCGAGCAUAAAAUCCCUGUGGUGAUAUCCAAAAUAUCCAAAGAACAAAAAGCUGAACUCUCUGGGCUGCUUUUCAUUGGCGAUAGUAUCCUCCAGAUAAAUGGAAUCAACGUGAGAAGCUAUCGCCACGAGGAAGUGGUUCAGGUGUUGAGGAAUGCUGGUGAAGAAGUGACUCUCACGGUCUCUUUCCUCAAGAAGACCCCGGCCUUUCUUAAACUGCCUCUGAGUGAGGAUUGUAUGUGCAUCCCCAGUGACCAGAGCAGUGGCACCUCUUCUCCUUUGUGUGAUAGCGGCCUACACUUGAACUACCAUCCAAAUAACACGGACACGCUGUCCUGCUCGUCGUGGCCCACUUCCCCGGGCCUCCGCUGGGAGAAAAGAUGGGUGGACCUGCGCCUUCUACCUUUGCUGCACUCUCGCCUCUCCCAGCACAUGCCAGGCUCUGAUGUGUGCAGGAAAAAUGCUUUCCAGGUUGUGGCCGUGGACGGGGUGUGCAGCGGUGUCCUCCAGUUCCCCUCGGAUGAAGACCGUUUGGACUGGCUUCAGGCUGUCGGAGGCAACAUCUCAGCUCUCACUAAGCACAAUGUGAAGAAGAUCAACCGCAAUUUUCCAGUCAACCAGCAGAUCAUCUACAUGGGCUGGGCCGACGAGAAGGAGCAGGACUGCGUCCAGGACCGAAUGUACUCACCAAAGUUCCUUGCUUUGAGGGGUUCCUCUCUCUUCAAGUUUUCCGCUCCCCCGGUGACAACAUGGGACUGGACAAGAGCAGAGAAAAGUUUUACCGUUUAUGAAAUUAUGUGCAAAACUUUAAAGGACAAUGAGCUGAUGGACAAGAGGAGGCACUGCUUCAGCGUGCAGACGGAAACUGGCGAGGAUAUCUUCUUUAGCGUGGAGCUGGAGUCCGAGCUGCUCGUUUGGGAAAAGGCCUUUCAGAUGGCCACUUACCUGGAGGUGGAGCGGAUACAGUGUAAAACAUAUGCCUGCAUCAUGGAGAGCCACCUGAUGGGACUAACCGUGGACUUCAGCAUGGGCUUUGUGUGCUUUGAUGCCGCUUCCAAGGCUGUCCUUUGGAGAUACAAAUUCUCUCAGCUGAAAGGCUCAUCAGAUGACGGAAAAAGCAAAAUCAAGUUUCUAUUCCAAAAUCAAGACUCCAAAUCUAUUGAAGCAAAGGAGCUGGAGUUCUCCAACCUGUUUGCGGUACUUCAUUGCAUUCACGCUUUCUUCGCCGCCAAGGUGGCGUGCCUGGACCCCAUGUUUGUGGAGAGCCGGGCCACAGCGGCUAACGCCGGCAUUCCUUCGCUGGGGAGCAUCUCGUGCAAUUCGCACACGCCCACGCUGAAAUACAAGAACACUUGACGCAGCGUUUUUGCUUUUGGCGUGACCGUAGCCUCAAACGCUGAAUGGGAUGGACAAAAACCUCCAUAGGAGGUUUUGAUGCGGACACUUCUGGAAAAUGCCUGAAAUCUCAUUCACAGCCUUUCUGGGAAGACUCUCCACACAAAAAGACUCAAUGGACACCAAGUGUGCAUUUAUUUCAACAUCUUUUUAAGUGCAGCCACUCAGCUCCUGUCAUAUCGAAUAUUAAUAUUAUGAUUGAGACAUAAAAUACAGCUACUUUUAUAUGAACCUUUCUUGAGGAUUUAAACUCUUCCUGAUGUCACACUAUAUGGACAAAAGUCUUGGGACAAAUUAUGGUAUUCGUCAUUUAGGUUUUCACACUUGUUUUGUCCAACCUCUGAAAAAGGUUUGCUACGAAUGAGAAGAUUUGGAAAGAUUCGCUUGUGAGUCAUCAAGGCAGUGCGUGGUGGGCAGCUCAUCACUCUCAUUUUUCUUCUUCUUCUUCAUCACUUCUCGGUGUCAUAUGUCUCAAUACGUUUGUCCACACACUUUACAACAGUAGCAGCAGAAUGAGAACUGCAGGAGGAGUCUGCAUUCAUAUAAUUUUUCAGGGCAGCAUUAUUACAGGCAUUUGACCCCCCCCCACCCCCCCAAAUUUGUAUGAUUGUGUAAAUAAGCAUUCACCCUGAAAUGACCUAAAUUACAAUGUUGGUAUGAUUUGCGGAGUUUGUUUCAGAAGUACUGCAGCUAAAUUAGCUGAUAGCAUCCACUCUCCAUUAUUAACUCACUCUGGACCAUUUUAGAAUAAUGCUAUACAAAGCUAUGAUGUUUUCAUUUACUAUCACGAGUUUGGAUUCUGGUUUGUAAAUAUGAAAAAUGAUAUCGUGGCAGUGAAUCAAACACAGUGGUUGGGCAAGCUCGAGGCGGGCUAACAUCAACGGUCUAUGGCAGACAAAAUCAGAUUAAUGGGUUUUACAAAAGCUGGUGCUAGCAAGUAAUGCCCUUCAAACAAACGAAGAUUCAUGUCAGAUAGUGGAGGUGAUUUUAUUUUUUUGCAGAUGUUUUAUUAACAAAUAUACUGUGUCAUGAAUCAAUAAAGGAGACCUUUUAUAACACUG